AACAACUUGACUUCCUGCUAGGUAUACCAAGAUUUGACAAUGUAACAUUUACUCCAAAAUUUAAUUUGAUAAGGCUACAUACAGACGUGUAAGUUUUGGAAUAUUCUCCAAAAUAGGAAAAUAAGAUACAGCCAUGCACAUACAUGUCAUCAUAUAUAUUGUCAAGAUUUCAUCUCUAUUGGUUGCAGCACAAAAAAAUCUGGCUUCAGAAGGACAGGCGACACAGAGUUCAACAUAUGAAACGUAUUAUGCAAACUUGGCUAUUAAAGGCGGCCCUGCAGAUGUCUACAAGUAUUAUGAAUGUACAUACACACAGAUUCAAAAGCUUACUGCAUGGUGGGGUGUGAAACUCCUUGAAGUUGCUUACGUGACAAAUAUUGAGAUAUACUAUUAUUUUAGUGCAAAAUCAAUAAUGGAUGGUUUUAGCCUGUAUUUGUCCAAUGGAACGAUUGAUGCGGAUGAUAAAUCGUUGUGUUACAGAGAUACGACAGCAGGGUUACCAAACAUUACCCAGAAUAUUAACUGUAAUACACUCACCAAUAGUGUUUAUAUCUUCAACAAUAGAUCAACCUUAUCUCAAGGCCAUGCAAUAAUACAACUGUGCUAUAUAGCAAUAUACGGAUGCUGGAAAGGUACAUGGGGAGCCGAUUGUAUAAAUGCAUGUCCUGCUAAUUGCAUAGCCAAUCACUGUUAUCCAGGAAAUGGUUCAUGUAUUUGGGGAUCUGGUUGCCUCCAUGACAAGAGUGAUAUGAACACCAGUGUAUGCAUCGAAGGAUGUAAAGCUGGGCUUGGUGGACAGUAUUGCAAUAUCACUAGAUAUAAUCUUGCUACUAAUGGAAUAGCAACUCUAUCACCAUCGAAUAAAAAUCAUCCAGCAUAUCUGUCAGUCAAUGGAAACCGGACCGGCAUAUGUUCAAUAACAUCUGGAUCGAAUUCCUAUCUUCAGGUGGACACUGGUUACAUUAGUACUAUAACCAUGAUUUAUAUUACAUUUGAUAAGUUUGCUCCAUUUAUCAACAUGACAUAUUCAGUAUAUUGUUCAAAUACUAGUGACUCCUGGAGUAACGGAAUAGAAAUAUACAAUGGUGGACCUCCGACGGCAGAUAUUUAUGUAACAGCUGUCUGCAGAUAUGUCAUUUAUGUACCACCAAUUGUAAACGGAAUUUCAAAGGUAGAUGUCUGUGAAAUAGAAAUUAGUGGUUGUCCUUUAGGAAAAUAUGGAGAUAACUGUAAAAUGAACUGUUCCGAAAAUUGUAUAUUAGGAUCCUGUGACUUAGUUAGUGGAAACUGUACAUUUGGCUGUAUUGAUGGUUGGGUCGGUGACAGCUGCAACGAAACUUGUAGUGAAGGUUGGUUUGGAAAACAAUGUUUGAAUAAGUGUUCACUUCACUGCUACAUGACGUCUUGUGAUCAUGUGAUUGGAGAAUGCUUUCAUGGAUGUAACAAAGGAUGGAAAGAAUAUAACUGCACGGAAGAAUGCAGUCGUGGAUAUUUUGGAAGAAAUUGUUUCCAGUCAUGUGAUGGAUGCAUAUCAGACCUAUGUGACCGUUUUGACGGCUUUUGUAAUGAGACGGAUAAAUGCAAACCAGGUUACAUCCACGACCCAAAAUGUAACCAGUCAUGUGAUAACAGUUACUAUGGUUAUAACUGUACAGAAAAAUGCAAUUGUCUCAUUAGUUCUGUGCCUUGCAAUAAAUCUACGGGAAUAUGUCCUGGCGGGAAAUGUGACAAAGGAUGGUCCGGUGAAUCUUGCAAUGAAGAAUGUAGCGAGGGAUACUAUGGGUCGAACUGUCUUGGUUUCUGUAACAACUGCUUAAACACGUCCUGUGGAAUUUUUGAAGGCAAUUGUACUUACGGUUGUAAUGAACAAUUCAGUGGUCCUCAGUGCACAGACUCUCAACCUAUUGAAAACCCAAGACUUGUAAUUGCCAUUAUAGGAGGCAUUUUUGCUGCAGUAUUUGUCGUGCUUCUCACACUUAUGUUGUGUAUCGUUUACAGAAAAUUUUGUCGAUCAAAAAAGCACACAAAUCAUUCACAUAUUGAACAAAAUAACAAGAUUUGUUCAUCUACGACACAUCAAAGUGAAAUAUAUGAAAAUGUGAAAGGCAACUUUACAAGUGUUGAAAAUAUACGACUAUCGUUUACAGAAAAGCAUGGUAGAAAACUCAGUAUAGAUGACAUAAGUUCUAAUGAUUUACCAGACGAGGAAGAAGAGGUGAAUGUCAAUGUAUAUGGCAAUGUUAUUUCGGAAGAUGAUAUAUGUCAGUACAAAAUUCGAAUCGAGGACCUGGCGAAUGUCAUAAUUGAAAAACGCCACGACAAAGGCUUUGAAAAAGAAUAUAUGAUGUUCCCGAAAGGUCUUAUUCAUGCUCAUAUUGAAGGUUCAAAAGAAGAAAAUAAAGCUAAAAAUAGAUUUUUGACCACAUGGCCAUAUGACCAUUCAAGAGUAGUGUUGAAAGGAGACACACAAUAUGAUUACAUUAAUGCUAAUUAUAUCGACAGCUAUCAUAAGCAAAAGGCAUACAUAGCUACACAAGGUCCAAAACGAAAUACGUUGAGAGAUUUCUGGCAUAUGGUUUGGCAGGAGAACGUCUGCAAAAUUGUGAUGGUCACUCAAAUUGAGGAAAAUGAAAAAAAAAAAUGUUACCAGUAUUGGCCACAGCUAACUAACGACCCGUUAGAAGUAGAUUACUAUACCUUGAACAUGCAAGAAGAAAAACAACACACCGAAUAUGUAUACAGACUGAUCAAAGUUAAACAUAAAAAGGCAAAAGAAGAACGUAAAGUACACCAUUAUCAUUUUACUCAAUGGCCUGAUCACGGUGUUCCAGACAGUAUAAAGCUGGUGAAUUUCUAUAGAGCAGUCAAAAAUAAUACAUUUAAUCAGGACGGACCACUCGUGGUACACUGCAGUGCUGGCAUCGGCAGAACGGGGACAUUUAUUGCUAUUGAUUCUUUAUACGAGCAUGGGAAGACAGUAGGUUAUGUCGAUAUCGUUGAAUAUGUGAAGAUGAUGCGGAAGGACAGACUGAAUAUGAUUCAAACAUUUGAACAAUACGAAGCUGUGUUUGAAGCAUUACAAGAAUUAUUUACCGUGCCAGACACCUCCAUUCCAUUACAAGAUUUUUGUAAACAUGUUGACAAACAGGACAAUAUGACGGUUCCACGAAACCAAAAUGUAUACAGAUUAGAGUUUCAGAGAUUACAAAGUCUUUGUCCAUCAUAUUCAGCUGAUAAACAUAAAUCUGCUAAACUAAAGGAGAACGUUUCGAAGAAUGCAGUGAAAGAGAUUUUACCACAUGACGAUUACAGGCCAUAUCUUAUGUCCUUCGGCAAGAACAGAAACGAUUACAUAAAUGCAGUUAUGAUACCUGGAUACUCUUCAAAUGGCAGCUUUUUGGUAACCCAAUGUCCAUUGAAAGAAACUGUGGUUGAUUUCUGGACAAUGGUGUAUGAUCAUGACUCCAGUAUUGUUGUUUUAUUGGAUACACCUAAUGAAGAUGCUCAAUUGUGGUUAGGAAAAGAUAAAACACUCAAGUUAGAAGGUUUCGACAUUGACCUUGACAUUGACAAUACACCAGAAGGAGUUCAGCUUAUCCUGGUUCAUAAAGAGAAUCAACCAGAAAAAAGGUCGAUAUUUGUUUUCUAUGCAAAAGAAUUUGAAAAUGGCAGCCCCUCACUACCUUCAACAACUAAUAUGAUUGUACUAUUGGAAAAAGUUACUGAGCAACGAAAACAGCGCACAGGUCCAGUGACUGUUGUGUGCAGAAAUGGUGCCACGAAAAGCGGAUUGUUUGUUGCAUUAAGUUUGAUUUUAGAGAAAAUGAAGAUAGACGAUCAAGUCGAUGUGUUCCAAGUUAUAAGAACAAUACAAUUACGACGACCAGAAUUCCUGUCAAAUUUUGAUCAGUACAAGUACUGCUACCAGUGUAUCAAAUAUUUCAUAGAACAGGAUUCGGUAUAUGCAAAUCUCUAGUUCAAUGACGCUGUCAGUUUGAGGAAGCAACGGGUUUCUUUACACGUACAUUUCGUCAUUUAAUAUGAAAACUAUCUUUGUAUGGAUUUAAAUACGAAAGUCGCAUAUUAUGUUAUAAAUACAAUGUGUAUAAAAAAUAUAGUUACAAAAAAGUCAUGUAUAUGGUAUAAAUAAAAUUAUUCGUAUUUAUUAAGAUUAUUCGUAUUGAUGACUGGUCCGGUCAACAUUAUCAAUUUGUCAGAAGGAUUUUUAUGUAUGUAUAUAUCUUUUUAUAUAAAUUUAAAAAAUGAUAUUAGAUGAAACCGUAUUGAAACUUCAAACGAAUACAUGUACUAUACAAAGAAAUCUGAUCGUCCGCUUGUUUUUACCGCUAUAAGAUGUAUUCUUUUCUUGAGGUGCUGCAACACAAUUUUAUGCGUAGAAGUAUUAUUCAAAAUGACACAUUAUUUAGGUGAUUCAGACAAUGUGUUGUUAUAACUGUUG